AUAACAGUUUUUUGACAUUCGUGUUAAGUUGAAGAAAAUUUGGUGCGCUCGAAAAAAAGUUGUCGUUCGUGUCGUAAAUGUCGGUUUUGUGAGCCCAUUUUGCCAGUAAAAGGAGCAAAUUUUGGCUCAAUCGGUGAUCUGAUCUGUUCUCCACCAGUGGAAGUUGGAGAAAAGACAGAAACCCAUCGGAAAAUCGUUCCAACAUGGCCGGUCGAAAAAAACCCGUUAAGCAAUGUAAGGUAAACAUUCAGGAGGAUGUUCGCAUUGCUAUCCAUUACAUGAUCGACAAGUUUGUGCAGGACGAGAAGCUGAAUGAAUUCGAUUUUCCGGCAUCCUUUACCCGGGAACAGAGGGCGUACAUCCAUGACUAUGUCAAAAAUAAAUCCCUCAAAUCGAAAUCCCACGGGAAAGGUAACAAGCGCUACCUGACGAUCUACAAAUCGAACAUAUUAUCACUGAUUCACGACGAUGCCAGUCUGGAAGUCAGCGACAACUCCCGGAAGCUGAUCGAGAUGCUUGUGAUGAAGCAGGGAGGCUUUCAGAAAGAUAUUGUUGACUCGUUUUCCCGUCGCAAGCUUUAUCCCAGCUUGACGGCCUACACCCUAAGUCUUGGAUCAGCAAACAAUCCCGUAAAACGCAUUCCACCGCCACCAAAUUCCACCAUGCAGGUGUUGCAUCACAGACAACAGCUUCCGAUUGCGCCAUACCGGGAGGCAAUUCUCAACUGUCUCAACCAAAACCAGGUGUUGAUUAUUUCUGGCAGCACCGGUUCCGGCAAAACAACACAGAUCCCUCAGUAUAUUUUGGAAGCGAGUGCUCUGAGAGGGGAACCAUGCCACAUCAUUUGUACGCAACCCAGACGGUUGUCAGCCAUAACGGUAGCCGAUCGGGUCAGCUAUGAACGAAAUGAACACCUUGGUCAGACAGUUGGGUAUCACAUUCGUCUGGAAAGCAGGCUGAGUCCGAUGACCAAUUUGAUCUUUUGCACGAACGGCAUUCUGUUGCGUUGCCUAAUGGGCAAGAAUGCUAAUAAUACUCUUAGCGAGCUGACACACAUUAUAGUGGAUGAGGUACACGAACGGGAUCAGUAUUCUGAUUUUCUGUUGAUUGCACUGCGGGAAAAAGUUCUUAAAAAUACCAAUAUUAAAAUAAUACUUAUGUCAGCCACCAUCGAAUCGAACACGUUCUCUCAAUACUUCAAUAACGCCCCAUUGUUGGAAAUUCCUGGACGAUUGUUCCCAAUCGAAAAUCACUACCUGGAGGAUGUUCUGUUUAUGGUAGACAGUUACAAUACCAAAAUCAAUGAGGUUAAACGAAAGUACAAAGCGGCACCGGUUGUAAUCCAGCAGCUGCGAGCACCAGAAGUGGUCAAUACUGCCAAUAUGGAUGAUGAAACUAUACUGCUGAUGAACGAUAUUCUCGAGUUGUGCUGGAUUGAACAUAAUCCAGAUGAUUUUAAUCAUUUCUUUUACUUAGUUGAGGAUGAAAACAAUCCGAUCAAUUUUCAACACACCGAGACAAAGAUGACGGCGCUGAUGAUUGCCGCCGCUAAAGGUUAUACCAGUGUUGUCAAGCGUCUUCUUGAUAUGGGCGCGGAUUCGUCCAUCAAGGGAAAACACAACUUCACUGCUCUCGAUUGGUCUGUAAGUAUUAAUGGAUACAAUGCGUGUUCGCAAAUGCUAGAACAAGCCAUGAGUUCUCAGCAACAACAGCAAAACCAACAAGUACAACAUCAACAGAUGAUGCAAUCUCCUCCGAAGCAGCUGUCCAAAAUAAUGGUGGAAAUCUACCACAGUACGGUGAAUGACGAACGGGUUGACCAUCGGUUGAUAUUGGACACCAUCAUGUACAUCUGCAAUAAUAUGGGCCCGGGGGCUAUCUUAGUUUUCCUCCUCGGCUACGACGACAUUCUGGAACAGUAUGAUUUGCUGAGCAGUCAAAACUGUUCGAAUCGGUUCAAAAUAUUUAUGCUACACAGCAAUAUGCAAACUAACGACCAAAAGGGGGUAUUUAAGCCUGUUCCACCCAACAUGAGGAAGAUUAUCUUGUCUACUAAUAUUGCUGAAACGUCGAUCACGAUCGAUGAUGUUGUGUUCGUUAUCGACACUGGCAAAGUGAAGCAGAAAAACUACGAUUCGGUGACCUCCACUACGUCGCUAACGGCCACGUGGAUUUCGCAGGCUUGUGCAACACAGCGGGCUGGACGGGCAGGUCGUACCAAACCCGGUGUUUGCUUUCGACUCUAUACGAGGCAACGGUUCGAGUCAAUGGAUAAAUUCACGUUGCCUGAAAUUUUGCGGGUUCCGUUGACGGAAAUUUGUCUACAGACAUCAAUUAUCGCAAACGAUACUUCGAUAUUGGAUUUUCUAAGUAAUGCCAUUCAGGCACCGUCUACGAUGAGCAUCAAGCAGAGCAUAAAAUUACUGCAAAAGCUAGGGGCUCUUGAUGACGACGAAAAUCUCACCGAGCUAGGUUUGAUUCUCGCAGAUUUGCCGGUGGAUGUGCGUUUAGGAAAGAUUCUGCUAUAUGGCAUCUUCCUGAAAUGUAUCGAUCCGGUGCUGACCAUUGUAAGUGCACUAAGUGUAAACGAUCCUUUUAUACUGCCAACGACUGCUGUGGACAAGGACCGGGCAGCUAAAAUGAAGCGAGAAAUGGCCGAGGAUUCUUUCAGCGAUUAUCUUUGCUUAUUGCGAGCGUAUCAAAAAUGGAAUGAAGUCAAACCUUCGAUGAAAGAACGCCAGUUUUGCAGUCGGUAUUUCCUUAACUCGGGCACGAUGGACACUAUCGCUGGUUUGAGAGGAAAGAUACUGGGUCAUUUGAGAGCAUGUGGCAUUGUCAAAAGUUACGGUGCGGGUAAUAUACAAGAUUUGAAUCACUAUUCCGAUUGUUGGGCGGUUGUGAAGGCUUGUUUCGUGGCUGGAUUGUAUCCCAACGUCUGUCGAGUAGAUAAAGAGAAUGCAACGAUCAAAACUAGGAUCGAUAAGAAAAUCAGUCCACAUCCAAGUUCGGUCAUCCGGGACAAAUCCUUAAAGAAGAACAAGGAGAGUAUUUUGCAGCUCCCAUCGGAGUGGAUUGUUUUUGAGGAGAAGACUAGAGCUGGAUUCCAUUGCUUGAUCAAGUGCAAUACGGUUGUGACUCCUUUGACGGUUGCUCUUUUCUCUGGACCAUUGUUCCUGAAUGAAGAAGAAUCGCUGAUUUCUUGCCGUGAGUUAGAUGACUCAAAAUCGGAUUACGACGAUAACGAUAAUACCGACAAGAGCAAGCUAAUCAUCGACGAUUGGAUCAAUUUUGCGGUAGACAGUGAUUUUGGUGAAACCUUCUUCCACUUCCGGCAUAAGCUGAGUGGACUGUUUCUCAAGUUCAUCAGUAAUCCAAGGAGCUACCUGCCAAACUCUAACGAUCUGUACCUGCUUAACACAGUGGUUCGGCUCCUCGAGGAAGAAGACCGCCAUGCUGGGUUUGCCAGCCACAACAACAUUGGGCAGAAACCGCGCCCUGUGAUACAGGAUCAUUUGAACCUGAAUAACGGACCGACGAAUCCGUUUAAUUUUGCGUCCAACGAUUUCAAGCUGGCUCUUGGAGGAUCAGGUUACCACAAUAGUAACAACAACAAUAGCAAAAAACGUCACAACAGCCAAAACUUUCCCAAUGGCAGCAAGCAGCAUCAGCACAGCAACAAACAUACUAAUAACAGUAGUCAAAAUAACAAUCAGAAAGCCGAACCCAAACAGAAGUUUUUUGUCCUGCACGCCGCAUCUGCUGAUGAUAUCCAACAGGCCAAACAGGACCCUUGCGGAUGGUGCUUCUCGCCCUCGCUUCAACCGAAGUUAACGAAAUUGCUAAAAAAGUCACCGAAUCUUACCAUAAUUCUGUUUUUCCACAUAUCACUAAGCAAAUGUUUCUCCGGUGCAGCUCGCUUGAGUUUGGUGGCCAAUCAAACAAACUUAAAUAUCUUUUCUCAGAAAGUUGUAUCUUUCGAUACUUUAAGCACGUACGAAAAAAGUUUCAUGCGAGGUCGCGUGCUAGCUGAAUACCUCGAUGGUGAAGAGCUAUCUCCUCUAUCGGGACGUGAAUUGUUGGAAUUUUUCAAGUAAACGUGGUUGAUGUUCAUGUUAAAUCGAACACCGACAUUUUCUGGUCGACAUUCUUCAAUGCAGACAAUUUAGACAAUUUUACAACGCAUCUUAAUUAGCGUCAAGGGAAUUCGUAAACUUGUAUCUUAUUUUUCAUUACUACCCACUAUCAAAAAUCACACAAACCACAUUUGUAUCCAAACACAUACACCAAAAAAAAACAUUUACUCGAACAAAACACAUACACACACAGACACAUAUUUGAGCACAUAUUUUUGUCCAACAACACUUUUUAAAGAAUUCAAUAAUACUUAAAUCACAAAUUCGAAUGAGUACAUUUUCACAAUUAUUUCAAUUAUCGAAUUACCCUUUUAAAAGCAGGCACAACAAAGUGAAGAAUUAGUUGAAGAGAAAACUGUUUGAUAAAUAAAACAAAACUGUAUUCCAGUAAUCAAUCAACAUGUUGUAUAAUACCAGAUUCCCCUCCAAGAUACUUUGUUCUUGACGAUGCAAUAUAUACUUAAUAUGUUGCAAUUCUAUAUAGAUUCGCAAUAUUUGCGUUGCGAAUGUUUGAACAGUACAUUUAUUAGUAGAAGGUAAACAUACUUAGCAGUAGAACAGAAAAUUCAAAGCCAGACACAAAGACGAAGGACUUUGCAAAACUAAGUGGCAGUUGCUGUGGAAACAUUGACAAAGAAAGAAAAAAGAACGAUCAAAUAAAAAUGAAAAUAAUAGAUGAUAACAAACAAAAAAUGCAUCAGCGUACUAUUUAAUAUAAAAAAAAACUUGAAUAAAUGAAACUGUAAACAGUGGAAUAAAAACCUGAAAACUUUUAAAGUUAUCAAUGUGAGCAGAUAUCGCAAAAUUUAAAA